CCUCCAUGUUUGCAACACGAUGGCUAUAUGGGAUUUUGGAUGCGUUUUUUAUGGAUUUUUGAUGACAUGGUUGGGUGUAACAGCAACUUCGCUCUUCACAUGUGUCGCAAUUGAGAGAUAUGUUGUUAUGUGUAAGCCAAAUUUAAAUCGUUUCCUCAAUAUCCGCACUGCUAAUGUCAUGGCCGUAUUUUGCUACUUACACGGGCUCGUGUGGGGUUCUUUUCCACUUGCCAGUGAACAGGGCUAUGUUUAUGAACCAUCAGGAAUCUCUUGUACCCCGGACUGGUCGCCUAGUAACAUCGGGUAUAUGCUUGGAUUGUCUAACGUCUGUUUCACAAUACCAGUGCUAAUAUCCACAUUUUGCUACGCGUCCAUAUUUCUUACGCUUAGACAAAAAAGGCGGGAAAGAGUAACAUUACAUCACGAUGCUUCAGUAGAAAAAAACGUGGCUGUCACAAUGUUGAUUACGUUAUUUGCAUUUUUAUUUACCUGGACCCCUUACGCCGUUAUUGGUAUGAUCAAAGUGUUUGGAUUUGAAUCCAGUAUCUAUAUAGCAAGGGAGAUCACUCUUAUACCACUUAUCACAGCCAAGACUGCUGGAUUUUGGAAUCCUUUUGUCUUCAGCUUCCGCAACCAAGCAGUGCGUAAAGCGUUGUUGGAAAAAAUAAAAGCCAUCAAAAAUCGUUUAAAUUUUAGGAUUGUUUGGCGACAACAAAGAAAUAGAGUUACACCAGGAGUAGAAAAAAGUAGAUCCGAAAGGCUAGUCAGUUCGCACAGCAAUCGCGUGAGUAUCUUCCAAGUAAGUUCUUCUUCCAAAGCAGACGGUAAAUUGGUACCACGAGAACCAACCGCUUCGAUACAUACGAUUCGUUCAACGGUCCACUUUUGUAACGAUUAUGUGACGUCACCAGUUUAAUGUUGGUCGCUACGUUGUACAUUUGAUAAAUAAAAUCUUCUCAAUUAUGUGAAUCAUUUGUGAAAGCGUGACGUGUGACAUUUAGAUCUAAUACAACUAAAAAAUUAUGGAAAUAACUAUAACAUUAAGUCUUGACUUUGAAUCCACGAGACAAGAUUUGAACACAAAGAAGAGACAAAAGAAUGCUAUCAUCAUUAUAAACAUAGUUUCAUAAAGUGUCAAUGUUUAUUUCAUGACUAAUAAAUGUAUUGAUACAGUACUGGCAUGCGAGCAGUUCCCGUACAGAAGCAGUACCCGUAUUUUUCAUUUAAACACUUGAUUUUUACUUACAGUCUUCAAAAAUUGAUAUAAA